AGCACUUUCCGGAACCUAUGUAUGUACUAUGUACUUGAAAAAGGAUACCGCUCUGCAUCAACUUUGAUUAUCAUAUGAAAAGACCGGAAAAGUACACAUUUACAUACAUAUUUUAAUACAAAAUCUACCUAUAACUAUUACCUGGACACUACUAAACUUGGACCCUGGACUACAUAAUCGAUCUGUUUGGUUGUACGUUUUGCCUAGAUAUUGUGUGGGUGAGGUUAAAGAGCUUCUUAGGCCUAUGAUUAUCUAUGUAUCUAUGUAUGUAUGAUACACACAUAAUUCUGGACAAUACAAAUUCAUCAUAAAUUAUAUAAAAAUUAACUAAAUAUGGAGGGCACGGAGGAUUUAAGCCAAAUCGUUGAAAAGUUAAAACUGGUCGUCGAAGAUGAAUCUUUAAAUGAAAGUAAAAUUGUUGCAGUUGCUGAACAAUUAGUUGAAAUGUGUGAGAAUCACAUUGAUAAAUUCAUGGAACGACCUGAUUUAGAUCCUUUGAGUGAGAGUGAAAAGCCGCUUUUGUCUGCCCUGAUAUUGAUUCAACAAACUUUGGCUGCGAAUUGCAAAGUUUUUGAGUUGGUCUUCCUUCAGUCCAAUCUCUUGAAUCAACUCGCAAAGAUGAUCACCUUUUAUGCAGACAUCACUGAUUUUAUGGUGAAAGACCUGUCAAAAGCAUGUGCCUUAGAAAAAUUUCUAUGCUGGUCAGAAGCUGUUCCUGCAGGGGACAUUAUGAAGGAGGCCCUGGAAAUGGACCAAAUUCCACAGUUGGUCAUUAACCUCUGCGAGUGCAGGAAUGUGGACUUGCAACACUUGAAAAACUGUGAGUGUUUGGAGUGUAUUGAGUGUGAGGACGUCCUUGCUCAAGAAACACUCCCACCUCAAUUUCGCAAGCCGCAACUUACCCUCGGCAAGGCAAGCGGGAAGGAGGGGAAGAUAGCUUUUCCACUUCGAUGCCUGCAAUUUCACAAAGCUGCAAUAUGCUGCGUUGAAUCUUACUGGAGCUUACUGGGUUGUCGAAGCGAUACAAUUUCUAAAAUCAUUCACUCGAGACCAAUUCCUCAACCUGGAGAAUUCUGGAUUGGCGUUGGGGACAUGGUUGCUGUUGCUUCUAAAGAAAUCUCCUGGAUCAGCUAUGAGCCAACAUCUCCUACUGCGCCAACCUUGCCUGAAUAUGUGCGGGCAAUCAUUCUGACUGACUGCCCCUUACCAUUCAGGCAGGGCUACCGUGGCGUGUGGCUACCUGACUACGCCGCCCGCGCUCUGUGCAAACCCAGCGUCCUGAUUCCACUGGAGAGGAGCGACCCUAUUAUGACCUGGAAACCAUUGGUUUAUAUUGGCAACGCGUGCAGGCCCCCUCCGAACGAGCUGCUUGCGGUGGUGGUCAAUCUGAUCUAUGUCACCCUUAAUUCUGGCAAGCUGGAUGACAUCCUUGUCAUUUUGGAUGGGAAAGGACCAUGGAGGGCCUACCAAUUAAUCAAAAGCAUUGAUGGACGCUUGAGAGUUGAAUAUCUGGCAAUUUUGAAUGCCCUUGCUUCUCACUGUGAAAAAGGUAGCAGAGGACUCAUUGCUUGCUGCAUUCACAAUUUCUUAGCAGAUUGGUUUGUGUGGUUGAUUCAUUCAACAAAACCAUCAAAUGAUGAAUUGGAGACCCUGAUGAAUGGAAUUAACUUGUAUUUGCCUAGGAUCGAAGUGAAACGAUGGCCCAAAAGCCGUCUCAUUUAUGGAGCCGCCAACGCACUGCUAAAAUGUUGCCCGUCCGAAAAGCUGCAUGCUCAAUUGGAAGAGUGCAUCCAUUACCUCACUUGGGACCUUGGAGGCAGAACUGCAAAGCAUAGAAGGCGAAUUUACCCUAUCCCUGAGGAGGUGGAAGCUGAAGAUGAGCGUUUGCAAGUGGAGGCACUGAAGAGUGACCUAAAUGAAAACUGCAAAGCGAAUUUGAGUCUUAAAAAGUCGCAGUUGUCUGAUUUCAACAUGAGCCGUAAGCAGUGGCCUGGAGAAACCUGGCUAUUGCCCAGCAGGUCUACUCUUUCUCUCUUCGCCAUUCCAGAGGCUAAGCUGAAAGAUGCAGCUUUAGUGAUGAGAACCAAGUGUCCGUUCCUCCUGCGGAGGCUUAUCUACAAACCAGUUGUGCAAAGUCUUAACUGUGAGGUGAUGAAAGUUCGCAGCAUUAGAGAUAUCCGACAGCCUUCCUUUGCAAAAAUCGUUUGUGGAAUGUUGAAUUCUGGCGGAGGUGAUAUUUGGAUUGGACUGGCUGAGGGCUCUAGAGUUGAAGGCGUUUUUGCACAUCGCUCUGAACGAGACAGCUUUGCUCAAGGUGUGCUUGAUGUCGCGACUUAUAACAUUGAGCCCAGACUGCUACCAUUCAACUUGGAUAUUGAGCAGAUUUUGGCUCUCGACAGACAGACUCAGGAGCUACAUCCUGACAGAAAUCGCUACAUCUACAAGGUCACAGUUAGACCUUUGGAGGGUGUCAACUACUUGACCCUGCCAGAAAAAGAGUGCUUGACAAGGAGGGAGCCCUUGGGAGAGACUGUCAUCAAAGUGGCAGAAGAUUAGUUUAUUUUGUCUGUAAUACAGUCAAGCAAUGCAAUUAUGCUCAAAAAAUGCUAUAAUCCAAGCAAAUUUAUUAAAAUUAUAAUUGCAUAUCUCCAAAACAGGGAACACCUUUUUAAGGAUCUAACACAAUUACCUUCCGUUCAUCUGCAAUUGCAUUUUCUGGACUCAUUCUGUUUGCAUAGUUUGCCCAAUACACGAAAUUAUACAGUGCGAAAAUUAGAGGAAACAUGUAGAUAGCGAUUUUCUCAACGCGGGAUCCAAGCAGGCUUUCUUUGAUCUCUCCCUUUUCAAGUUUUUCGUCCUUGGCCUCUUCAACCUGAAAUUGAAAGUAAAAACUUUAUAGAUGAUCGCAAACUAAUGUCACAAUUGUAUUUAAUCUACAUUUUGUCACAAUAUAAGAGAUUGAUGGGAAUUAA